AUGGUGAUGAUUGGAGAGGUAUCUCUCUCGCGAGAGGAGAGAGAAGAGCGAGAGCGAUAGCGAGAGAGAGAGAGAGAGAGACGAGACGAGAGCUGAGAGGAGUCGAGCAGAGAUGAGAGAGCGAGAGAAGAUACAGCGAUCGAGCUCUAGCUUCUCUCUUCUCUAUCUCUCUCUCUCUCUCUCUCUCUCUCUCUCUCUCUCUCUCUCUCUCUCUCUCUCUCUCUCUCUCUUCUCUCUCUCUCUCUCGGUUCAUGCUGUACUGUCUCUAACCUGUGUAUUGUUGACUCUGUCCCCUGCAGGAGAAAGAGAAGAAAUAUAUGCUCCAGGUGGACAACCUGAGGCUGAGGGAUGUGGAGAAGAGCUUCAUGUCCAGCAAGCAGAUCUUUGCCCUGUUCAACACUGAGCAAAGGUCAGUUCUUAGGUGGACAUUUCUAUCAUAGGUUUUUCAAAUAUUUUCAGACCUCAAAAAGUAAAGUAAUGUAGUGUUGCUCAGUGUUGUAAAAUGUCCCACUCACAUUUCCACAAGAAUGUGUAGGUACUGCCAAAAUAAUGGAAACACUUGAGUAAAUGAGGGAUACAAAGUAUAUUGAAAGCAGGUGCUUCCACAUAGGUGUGGUUCCUGAGUUAAUUAAUCAAUUAACAUCCCAUAAUUCUUAGAGACAUGUAUAAAAAUGCUGGGCAGGCCAUUAUUUUGGCUACCAUGGCUAGGCCCCCAUAGGAUGACAAUGCCCCCAUCCACAGGGCAUGAGUGGUCACUGAAUGGUUUGAUGAGCAUGAAAACAGUGUAAACCAUAUGCCAUGGCCGUCUCAGUCACCAGAUCUCAACCCAAUUGAAUACUUAUGGGAGAUUCUGAAGCGGUGCCUGAGACAGCGUUUUCCACCACCAUCAACAAAACACCAAAUUAUAGAAUGUAUUGUGGAAGAAUGGUAUUGCAUUCCUCCAAUAUAGUUCCAGGCACUUGUAGAAUCUAUGCCGAGGUGCAUUGAAGCUAUUCUGGCUUGUGGUGGCCCAACAACCUAUUAAGACACUUUUAGUCGUUCAUUUUUUGUCAUUCUCUUAUUUUUUAUCUUAUGUUUGUUGUGUUUAUUUUCAGGGUUUUUUAUUUGUUUUUUUCAUGUGAAGCACAUUGUGUUGCACACACACACACACACACACACACACACACACACACACACACACACACACACUCAGACUUUCCCCUCUGUAUCCACAGGAAUGUGUAUAAGGACUACCGUCAGCUGGAGUUGGCCUGCGAGACUCAGGACGACAUAGAUGGGUGGAAGGCCUCCUUCCUUAGAGCCGGAGUGUAUCCUGAACGUGUUACGGUACCACACACACACACACACACACACACACACACACACACACACACACACACACACACACACACACACACACACACAGAGAGACACAGUGGCAUAAACCUGUACAUUUCGUCAGUAACUCCGCCGGUCCAAAACAUUUAGCUGAUUGUGAUGAUGAUUUGCUCUCACAGUACUAGUGGAGUCAGUCAUUUAAUGUUGAACACCAUCUGUCUCUCUUUCCCUCUCUCUCUUUCUCUCCCUCAUUAUUUUCCUCAAUAUGUCCUUCAUUGCUGUUGGACCCUAUAGGAAAAGGAAGGCAAGGUAUGUGCUUUGUGUCCUGAUGUCUAUUCCAACUCUUCACCCCUUUUACACAGCUUUCUAUACACCUAUGCUCAAGCUAGUGUUGGCAAUUGAAUUUGAUACUGAACUCUGAUUGGCUCUAAAGAUUUAUACAGGCACAGUCUCGUUUUUCGUCUCGCCUCAUUGGUGCUGUUUCUAAUCAACGGCCCAGUCAUUCAUCAUUCGCACCAGACCAGGAAGUUCAAAUGUCGCUCUCAUCAGGGUUCUGCCAUAGCUGUAUUAUACAACCAUCUGAUUGCAAUAAGCUAAGCAAAUGAAGGAAUUAUCAUUGGGGCGUGAGCCAAGAGAAAGUGGUUCAGAAGGAGACAUGUUGUCUCCAAUGGCUGUCGUCUGAAAGCAGUCACACGGUUAGCUAGCAUCAGUAGUGUGUGUUGGCUCAGUUUGAGGUUAUUUCUCUAUAGCGACAGUUUAGGAGGGCUAUAUAGUGGAUGUAGUUAAUGAUGUGUGAUGUUGAGGAUUGUUUCAAUAUGUUUUGUGAUUAGAGAGAUCACUUGUCUCCAUCUUUCUCUCACCAUAUUUCUCUCUUUCUCUUUCUCCCUCUCCCCAUCCCUCUCCUUUUGCCUCUCCCUCUUUCCCUCUUCUUAUCCGUCUCUUUCCCUCUAUCCAUUUCCCUAUCCCUGUCGCUCUACCUCUCCACUCCACCUCUCUUCUCUUCCCUCUAACCCCCUCCCUGGCCUUGUCCUCCAGCAGAGUGACAGUGGAGACGGAGAGAACGGCUCAGAUAACUUCAUGCACUCCAUGGACCCCCAGCUGGAGAGGCAGGUGGAGACCAUCCGCAACCUGGUGGACUCAUACAUGGCCAUCGUCAACAAGACCGUCAGGGACCUUAUGCCGAAGACCAUCAUGUACCUCAUGAUCAACAACGUGAGUCCCCAUUGGUCGCUUUUGACUAGUGGUGUCAAAGUAAUCUUCUGUAGGGCCAGCUGAUUCACACCAGCUGAUUUUCAUCCUUGUCUUUGAAUCUGUGUCUGAUUGGUUUAGACUUGAGAAACCAGCCGGCCUGUGGAAUCUCUAGCCAAUCAGUGACAAGGGCAGAAGAAACACCUCUUUCAUCUCUACUGCAACCUUUCCAUCUCCAACUCCCCCCCAUUCCUCACCUUUACUCUCCCCCUCUCUUCCCCCUCCUCCACACAGACCAAGGAGUUCAUCAACGCGGAGCUGCUGGCCAACCUGUACCACUCUGGGGACCAGAACAGCCUGAUGGAGGAGUCCCAGGAGCAGGCCCAUCACCGCGACGAGAUGCUCCGCAUGUACCACGCCCUGAGGGAGGCCCUAAACAUCAUCGGAGACAUCAGCACCACCACCGUCACCACCGCCAUGCCACCGCCUGUAGACGACUCCUGGCUGAGGCCGGGGGGAAACAACUCCGGUGGCAGGUACGAAUGGAGGGAGAGAGGGAGGAAAGGAGAGGAAGGGAAUAAUAUGCCAUUUAGCAGACGCUUUUAUCCAAAGCGACUUACAGUCAUGCGUGCAUACAUUUUUACGUAUGGGUGGUCCCGGGGAUCGAACCCACUACCCUGGCGUUACAAGCGCCAUGCUCUACCAAUUGAGCUACAGAGGGCAAAUUAUAUGGGUGAAGGUAUGGAUGGAUGGAGGAAGGAGGGGAUGGAAGGAGGACAACAGCUCUGA